AUCAAUUAAGGCGUGUCAUUUGAUUAGUUGUUAUGACUAAUAACUUCAAACUAAAUCCCAAGAUAGUACAACAUGCCAAACAAAUAUAUAUUCAUCUUGGACUUUCUGAAAAGCAACGUUCCUUGACCGACACCAACAAACUCCAUGAUCUACCGAUUGAAAUUCAAAAGAUGCACUUAUUAUUCUCCACUGACAUGCCGGAACUCACUAGAGUAGUACAUCAAUUCUUACAGUGGUCUCAACACGCAAAACAAAAAGGAACAUUGACAGACUUUAUCUCACAACUAGACAAGGCUUUGGCUGACUUGUGUGAAAAUCUUGUCGAUUGGGAUGACGACGACCUUUGUAUUGAUACUGAUGUCAACGAUGUUACUACUAUGGAUAACAGCAACAACACGAGCAACAACACUAGCAACACCAGCAACUGGACUGCCGUAAAACGACCUUUUGAAGAAGUGAAUCCUUCUUCAGAUUCUGUCAAGCAAUGCAAACAAAAACUACAUGGUGAUGAAUUCUCAGUAGUGAAUAUAAAUACCGAUCUUGGAAGCAACAGUCAUAGCCAUUCUAUAGCCACUUCAUCACCCACCACUUCAACACAAUCAACACCAUUCAAUACGCCUACGACACCAAAGAAUGAUCCUGAUCAUUUCGCCCAAAAGUUUCAAAAGCAGAUCCAGCAAGAAAAGGAAUCUUUUCCUGGUUACAAUAUUAUAUCUAGUCCGAUUCGAUCUUCUGGUAUACUAAAUAAAGCACCUUGGUUAUUUCAAUUUGAAUUGGCUCGAUUCAUGUCUCAUUGUCAAAUCCCCUGGAACGAUCUGAACCUGGAAACCACACAACACUUUAUAGAUGUCUCGCAAAAGACACCUUCACAACUUCACGACACUAUGAUGAAUUGGUUCUCUGAGAUUCGGUCCUCCUCUACUGACGCUCUUCGACUGAAUCUGGAUCAAAAUCUUUGGAAGCUUAUUUCUCUGGAACGAGUAGGUGAAAGCGUAUGGAUUUUUGACAAACAACUCGACACAAAUGAUGAUGAUGAUGAUGAUGACCGUGAUGUGGGAAAUGAAAUCGACGUUACAACAAGCAAUAUCAACAGUACGACAACCAACAAAAUCAAAUCCACUAACCGUUGUAUACGAUAUACAGCCAAGGUACAUUUACCGGAGUCAAUAAUAGAAAAACCCACCCUUCAGUUACAACCUCCUCGACUGCAACCAUCCAAUCGGUUCUUUAGAAAAUAUGGUUAUGAACGCUUUCUGGAGUUACGACUUUCCAAGUUUCGAUCUCGUGAUUCGCUACGACUCCAAUCAACAUUUUUUCUUCAACCUUUCUUACUCAUGGGACGUACAUAUCGAUUUUUAUUUCUCAAGGAUGAUCGUAUGGUGAUGUUUGCUACCGAAGGCCCUGGAUUGACCUCAAUAACGGUACGUGAAGUGAUUGAUUGGCACAUUCCAAUUAUCGACAACUGGGGAUUGACAACUUGCAAAUUCGCUAGCCGCAUGACACUUGCCUACAGCAAUAGUAUACCAACACUGUCCUUUGAUCCUAGUCAAGUACGAUUUAUCGAUGAUAUUUAUGCAGAUAACAAGAUCAAGGAUGACGAAACAUGUAUGACUGAUGGAUGUGGUCUCAUCUCCCCCUCAGCGAUGCGUAAAAUCAUGGGCUCACAACAACACGACAUUCUACCUUGUGCUGUUCAAGGACGUAUUGCUGGCGCCAAAGGCAUUUGGAUUGUACCUCCCAAUUUGGAUAUGAAUAGUGGCGAUUGGAUUGAAAUUCGUGCUUCUCAAAACAAGUUCAAGACUGGUCUUCCUGGUGUAGAUCUGAAGACAGAUCCUCUACAUUUCACCUUUGAUUUGGUCAAAAAUGCUUUUUGCGUUUAUCCAUCCUAUCUCAACACUCAAUUUAUUCAGUGCCUCUCUGCUGGUGGUGUUCCCUCUAGUGUCUUUGUGGAUAUUCUUCAAGAACAUAUUAGCAAUCUAACGAACAUACUUACGAACAAUCGGAAUCUUCGACUUUUACGGGACUGGGUUGUCAGAACGGGUGGUUUGAUGUAUAUUCGCCGUGAACUGGAUGGUUCUGGAUAUGGAUUAUGGCAACGACAAAAACAAUCAACUGUAUUGGAAGAUGAUCUAGACGGCGAUGAUAACAACGAUGUCGACACAACAGCACCACCAUCACCAUCAUCCUCUUCUUCUUCUUCUACUUUUACAUCUACACCAUCAAGUGCAUUAAAAUUCAAUCGAUAUUCUGGGUUACCUUCCAAUAUAUAUGAAAUCAUUGUUCGUUUACUGGAUGCUGGAUUUGAUCUUACGAAUGCUUUUUUGGCUAACAAGGUGACAACAAUUCUUCGUGCACUAAUGCAAAACAUGGCAACAAAAUAUCGUGUGGAAGUUCAACAAUCUUGUACGCUGAUGUGUGUUCCUGAUCCUACUGGUACUUUGAAACCAAAUGAAGUCUUCCUUCAAUUAUCCAAUAGAAAAAUCGAUGAAACGACUGGGGUUCAUGCUGGUCUGAUUGUGGGUGAUAUCUUGGUGACAAGAAAUCCGUGUGGUCUAAAAAGUGAUGUCCAAAAGGUUACUGCAGUUGAUUCGUCAGCACUUCGAGUCUAUUCUGAUGUGGUUGUCUUUUCCGUUCAAGGUGAUCGUUCUUUGGCUAGUAAACUUGGUGGUGGGGAUUACGAUGGUGAUUUAAUCUUUUGUUGUUGGGAUCAACGUUUAGUGGAACCUUUUAAUGCUUGUCCUGUACCCGAUACUUCUGAACGUGUCAAAGUGGCAUUUGAAAAAAAUACUAGCAAGAUCCGUGAUGAACUGCGUCAUAUCCGAGACUUGGAUGAACAAGGUGCUAAACUCCAACAAUUAUUUCUCUCUGUGCCUGUUUAUGAUGGAACACUUGGGGUAUAUGAAAACUGGCGAACUGUUCUAUCAGAAUUAGAUUCAUUCGAUACACCUGAUGCCAUUUACCUUGCGCAGAUGUGUGCUUUACUAGUAGAUAGUCCAAAACAAGGUCUAACCAUCAAAUCCUGGGUACGAAAAGAAGAUUACAUCAAGUACUCGCCAUAUCCUUCUCCUGCCUGGUUUCUGGACAAGCUCAAGAAACUAAAAACAACCGAUGACAAUCGUUCUAUUAAUCUAGUGGAUCGGCCUCCUACAACGACUAUGGAUCAUCUACAUAUCACUAUCUCCAAAGAAAUCGAAAAAAUGGUACAAUAUACUUAUUCCAUCAUUCCUGAAGAAUUGGUGACACGAAAGGAUCCUGAUCUAAUAGCGCCUUGGGAAAAAGCAUUGGAAACAGCAAUCAAACUGGAUGACAAAAUCAUGCAAACAGAUUUGGAAACAAUACGACAAACAGUGGAUGACAGUUUCAACAGAUAUCAAAAAGAUGUCAAGUCUGUGGUUACAUUUCUUGAACAAAGAUCACAACGGUCAUCUCACCAAAAACAACAGGAGAUACCAUCCUCCCCCUCAACGGCACUUGGUGAUCAUCUCAACAAAUUUAAUUGUCUAUCUGAUGUAGAAGAAUAUCAUGCACAACAAUUCCAAGCUGCGAUUUCCUUGACCUCGCCUGUAUUUCAAAUGGAUCUUUUGGCUAACGAUGGACGCCUGGUGCAAACCCUCAAAGCAAGCUGUGCCUAUCUUCGGUCAAUACAACAUUCAAAAUAUAGCAAGUACUGUUAUGUGGUGGCCUAUGACAUAUUGACCCGAAUCAAAGCCGAUGCUAUCGCCAAACAAACCAAACUCAAUGGAUUGGCUGUAUCUGUCAUCCCUUCUACUUAUACCGCUUUGACCUUGGAAAAACGCUGGAUACGGAAGGAAAAGGAAUUACAACAACAAGGUACCUCUUCUUGA